UAAACCUGGAGUAGGGUCCGGGUGAGCAGAUUUCCUUAUCCGGGAAUCACAGGCGGGGCGGCCAUUGGCUCGGAGGAUCACGUGGGCCCCUAACUUUGUUCACUUGACAGUAAGUAGGAGGGCUUUCGGAAACAGGAAAACGAGUCAGGGGUCGGAAUAAAUUUUAGUAUAUUUUGUGGGCAAUUCCCAGAAAUUAAUGGCUAUGAGUUCUUUUUUGAUCAACUCAAACUAUGUCGACCCCAAGUUCCCUCCGUGCGAGGAAUAUUCACAGAGCGAUUACCUACCCAGCGAGCACUCACCAGGGUACUACGGCGGCGGCCAGAGGCGAGAGAGCAGCUUCCAGCCGGAGGCGGGCUUCGGGCGGCGCGCGGCGUGCACCGUGCAGCGCUACGCGGCCUGCCGGGACCCCGGGCCCCCGCCGCCCCCGCCGCCGCCCCCGCCGCCGCCCGGCUUGUCCCCUCGGGCUCCCGCGCCGCCGCCCUCUGGGGCCCUCCUCCCGGAGUCUGGGCAGCGCUGCGAGGCCGUCAGCAGCAGCCCCCCGCCGCCUCCCUGCGCCCAGAACCCCCUGCACCCCAGCCCGUCCCACUCCGCGUGCAAAGAGCCCGUCGUCUACCCCUGGAUGCGCAAAGUUCACGUGAGCACGGUAAACCCCAAUUACGCCGGUGGGGAGCCCAAGCGCUCUCGGACCGCCUACACUCGCCAGCAGGUCUUGGAGCUGGAGAAGGAAUUUCACUACAACCGCUACCUGACGCGCCGCCGGAGGGUGGAGAUCGCCCACGCACUCUGCUUGUCGGAGCGCCAGAUCAAAAUCUGGUUCCAGAACAGGCGUAUGAAGUGGAAGAAAGACCACAAGUUGCCCAACACCAAGAUUCGCUCGGGUGGCACUGCUGGCACAGCUGGAGGGCUCCCGGGCCGGUCCAACGGAGGCCCCACGCUCUAGUGCGCCCCAGAGCGGGAACCUAGAACCUUGGGGAGGGGGGUUGGUUGUGAGUGCAGUGGAGGGGGGUUCACAGGGGGCAGCUGCGGGUGGGGAUCCUGGGUCCUGGGUCCCAAAAACUCUACCUGCUCUCCCUUUCUUUAUCUAUUAAUACUUACACGAAUAAAUGCAGUGGAGGGGAAGGGAAGCUUUAUUUAUAAAAAUGACAGGGAGCUGGGCCAAGCCUCUUGUCCCUCAAGCAAGGUUCAAGCCUCUUGCUUUCUUUCUUAAAAAAAAAAAAAAGAAAGAAAGAAAGAAAGAAAAGAAAAGAAAAAGAAGAAAAGAGGAAUGAAGAAAAAGACAGAAAAAGAAAUAGAAAGAGGCUGCACUCCUUGUUUUCAGCUUUGGUGAAGAUGGAUCCACGUUUCAUCUUUAAUCACGCCAGGCCCAGGCCCAUCUGUCUUGUUUACUCUGCCGAGGAGAGGACGGGCCUCAGUGGCGACCAUUACCUCGACACCCGACUAACAAAUGAGGCCCGGGUUCAGCCACUGCCUCUGCUGCUGCCAAUGCUGGAAGACUGCCUGGAUUUUCUUUCUUUAUCCCCCCCCCCCCUUCCUGACACUCAGCGAAAGCAACUCAGACUGCCAGAUAGCACAGUGUUUUGGCCACGGUAACAAACACGCGCACACACACAACCUUCCUUCCCCUAUGUUGCCUGUUUAUAAGGACACUGCUCACCCCACCUUCCACUUCUGGGCUGGGGUGAGGGAACAGCAGAAAGGGAAUUGGUGAAGGUGGGGGCACCCUUGGCCAUGCAGGAGCUGACAGGAAAUUGAGACUAAGGAAAAGGAAAAAAAAAAAAAAAAAAAGUGAGAGACCUGAGGCCCAGGACAGCCUUCUUCUGGAAGGUCAGGCCAUCCUUGGCAGGGUGAGAGACCAGUUGAGUUUUCUGGGUUGAACCCUCUCUCCAAUCUAGAGCUGGACAGUGGAAAUCCCUCUCUCCUAGACUGCAAAUGAAUGUGAAACUAGGAAAUAAAAUGUUGUGCCCCUCCCAGGCAGGGAGACAGAUGAUGAUGUGGAGCCCUUUCCCAUAGUUUAUCAUUGUUGCAUUGAUUAUUAUUAUAUUAUAUUAUUUUAUUUUAUUAUUAUUAUUAUUAACUUUAUGUCAUGUGUGUCCUCUUUCCUAUUCUCUUUCUGACAUUCCAAAUCAGGCACUUCCCUAGUUCUGGGGCUGCCUAAGUCUAGAACCCUUUGUUGGUGUGAAAAUUUGUGUCCUGUACAGAGUGACAAUAGAAAUAAAUGUUUGGUUUCUUGUGACCAGCA